AUGAACCAAAUCGCCUGUUCAAGCUUCAACGGUCACACCGCCAUUACGUCCCUUAACUAUCUCCGUCCACUGUACGCAGCUCUGCCUCUAAUGUUGGCCGGCACCACCGCAGCCACCACCUCUAGGUCUAUUACUACCACCGGCGUCCGCGAGUUCAGCACUCCAGUUCGUACAUUCAACAAGCUUCAAUUUUCCGCAGCUAGUCAGACGCCACUCACCUCCGGCGCCAUCGCCAUCGUCCGCCACUUCAGUAGCUCACAGUCACCCGGUCUUCCUUUAUACAGCUACCAAAUUAAGCCGCCGACGAACAGGGGAAUUCGGUUUGCGCGGGAGAGCAAGGCGUGCUUGAUUGAUCGUUACGGUAGUCGAAGAUUUUAUGGCAAAGCUGAUUUGAUUCCAAAGGAAUCGAAGAAGAUCACUUGGGUGAUAAAGAAUUUCCCCUCGUUUCAAUCUGAGAGUAUUCAUUCUGAUCCAUUCGUCGUCGGUGGCUGCAAGUGGUCUCUUGAAGCUUCUCCCAUAGGCGAUGAUGAAGAUAAUUACUUGUCUCUGUUUCUGAAAGUCCACGAUUAUGAAUCAUUGCCACCUGGAUGGAGAAGACAUGCAGGAUAUCACCUAACAAUACUAAAUCAUCAAGAUCCGGAUAAAAAUUUGCAACAAGAUUGUGUAAUAAAAGCUUGGUAUAAUGAGAACGCUCACUUCUGGGAUCAUACAUUCAUCCUUCCUCUUGACAAACUUGUGGCCCAAGAUAGCGGAUUUCUAGUUAACGGGGAGCUCAAGAUUGUUGCCAAGAUAGACCUUUUUGAAUCUAUUGGCGUUAGUGUAACUGAAGAAACUACAAUGUCAACAGUGACGGAAACCAAGAAAGUUAAGUUCAUGACAGAUGCGGGGUUGGAGUUGGACUUGGAUUGGUUGCAUAAAGAACUUGCUGAGUUGUUGGAGGAUAUAGAGAAGGAGAAAGCAAAGACGUCGGCUACAAAACCUCCUCGAUGA